AAGCGAGUCCCGAGUCCCCUGGGGCUUCAGGGGAUCCGCGAACCCCCGAGGGAGGCGCCAUGGGCCGGAUCACAGAAGAUCUUAUUAGACGGAAUGCUGAGCACAAUGAGUGUGUAAUUUUUUCCCUGGAGGAACUCUCCUUGCAUCAACAAGAAAUAGAAAAACUAGAACAUAUUGACAAAUGGUGCCGGGAUUUAAAAAUUCUCUAUCUUCAGAAUAACCUCAUUGGAAAAAUUGAAAAUGUUAGCAAACUCAAGAAACUUGAAUAUUUGAAUUUAGCUUUGAACAACAUUGAGAAAAUUGAAAAUUUGGAAGGAUGUGAAGUGCUGACAAAACUUGACCUGACCGUGAAUUUCAUUGGGGAUCUGAGCAGCAUUAAAACCCUGAAGCACAACAUCCACCUGAAGGAGCUCUUCCUCAUGGGGAAUCCCUGUGCGGACUUUGACGGCUACAGACAGUUUGUGGUGGCAACCCUACAGCAGCUGAAGUGGUUGGAUGGUAAAGAAAUAGAGCGCUCAGAAAGGAUUCUAGCAUUGCAGGACUAUCCAGCAGUUGAACAACAAAUCAGAGAGCAGGAAAGAGCUUACAUCCUCAAAAGAGCCAAAGAGAAAAAAGAGGCACAGAGGAAACUUGAGGAAGAGCCUGAAAAGGAAGACAACAAACAGAGAUGUGGUCCUGGCUUUGAUGGGCGUUGGUACACAGACAUCCCUCCUGCUCUCCCAUCUGCUACUGAGAGCCAAGGUCAUGUCCAAGCACCCAAAAUGCAAGAAGAACAAAACAAUGCACAGAAAUCAGACGAAACUGAAGACGACCUGGCAUUCUGGAACAAACCAUCCAUGUUUACGCCUGAAUCUCGAUUGGAAACUCUUAGACAUGUAGAAAAGCAACGGAAAGCUCAAGAGAAAUCAAGUGACAAAAGGAAGACAGUGAAACCACCCCGGACUUUGGUCACUGAGGAUGGGAAGGCCCUGAAUGUCAAUGGACCCAAGCUUGACUUUUCUUUGAAAGAUGAUGUAAAACGUAACCAAAUCAUUCUGGACCUGGCUGUCUAUAGGUAUAUGGAUACUUCUUUAAUCGAGGUUGAUGUACAGCCAACUUAUGUGCGAGUCUUGGUCAAAGGGAAGCCAUUUCAGCUCGUUCUUCCAGCAGAAGUCAAGCCUGACAGCAGCUCUGCUAAAAGGUCUCAGACAACAGGACACCUGGUGAUCUGCAUGCCCAAGGUGGGAGAAGUGAUCACAGGUGGUGGAGGAGCCUCCAGGUCUACGAAAACCCCACCGGACAGCAGCAGAGAGCAAACACACAGAAGAAGCAAGCAAACUGAGAAAUUAGAAGUUGAUCCAAGCAAGCAUUCAUGCCCUGAUAUAACUACCAUAGUUCAAGAAAAUCAGCAUGCACCCAGAAGGUUGAGAUCGGCACCCAAAACUACACCUAGUGAGGAACAUCCAGACUUUGAAGAUAACCCAGAAGUUCCUCCCCUGAUCUGA